AUGUUAGAAAAAAAAGUCAUAGUUUAUGAUUAUAGAUGAGGAGGAAGCGGUAGUCUGCACACCACCUCCGCCUGUGUGUGGCCAACAAGCACACGACUUCUCCCGGGGCAACUGCCAGCGGAAGGCCAGGGCCCUUCCCCGCAGGCCUGGGGGGCUUGAGAGAAAGGCCAGCACCUUCCCGGGUGUGAUCACUCAGGUAGACAGCUUCACCCAGGGCGUCUCCCAGUCUCCGGAGAAACGCUUCCAGCCAACAGCGUUCCUUAGUCCCCAUGGCAACAAAGGCCUGCACUCUUGUUUCCAAGGAAACCCAGCCCUCAGCGUUGCCGUUGCCACAGCAACACCUAAGGGCUCGGUUGGCCACGCAGUCCUACCAACCCAGAGGGGGCAGCUGGGUGCCCAAGACGGGGAGCCAGGUGCCAAACAGGUGUGGGGCCUGUGCACCAAAGGACCUGGCCUGGCCAGGGUCCCAGGAGGAGGCACGCCUGGCAGCAGAGCCCCAGCUUUCUCUGGGGUCCUGUGCUCCAGCCCGAGAUGAGUUCUGUCUCCAGCGAUCCCAGCGAUGGGGACGCUGCCGAGCGGUCCCGGCUGGGGCUGGACGCCGUGAUCCAGAGGCUGGAGGACACCAUCCUGAGCCCCAUGGCCAGCAGAGAAGACCGAGCACUGACCAUGUGUGGGGAAGGCUGGCGGGCUUCACCCACCCCCGUGCCUGCCCGCAUCCGUGAGAUCGUGGCCAGUAGCCUGGGCGAGGAGCCACCCCAAGGGGUGCAAGAGCCACCGGCCGCCUCGGCCAGCAUGCAGGAGGAGAACGAGCUCCUGCAGGAGGAGUUGUCCCGGCUGGAGGACCUGCUGGCCCAGGCGGGCGCCGAGCGGGACGAGCUGGCCAGCAGAUAUCAUGCCGUCAGCGAGCGGCUGCAGGCCAGGCUGCAGACCACAGAGGCUCGGCUGCGGAGGGCGGAGCUGGAGCACAGCGUGGACCUGGAGGAGGCCCUCGGCCGUCUGGAGGCCGCCGAGCAGAGGAGCACAGGCCUCUCCCAGGUGAACACUUUGCUGCGGGAACAGCUGGAGCACAUGAAGAAGGCCAAUGACACGCUGGCCGAGGAGCUGGCCAGGACGACGGGCAGCAUGCUCCACCUGCGGGGCGAGCUGGAGCUGAGGGAGGCACAGCGAUGGACUGAGAGAGAGGUGCUCCCCCCCUUUCGCCCAUUGACCCCACAUGCGCACUCGGGGAAGUCCCGGCACUUCCUGCUCCUACGGAUGCAGGUCACAGCACUCCGCGCACACCUGGCUGAGCUGCGUGCAGCCACUGAGGGGGCUCUCGCUGACAUGCGAGCGGAUGCGGCCAGGACGGCCCGGCGCCUGCACACGGCCUGCCUGAACCUCGACUCCAACCUGCGGCUGUCGGCCAGCAGCGGGGCCGGCACCCUGGAGCAGCAGGCCCUGCAGGGCGCGCGGCUGGAGCGGCAGCUGCGGGACAAGGUGCGGGAGAUGCUGCAGCUGCAGGGCCGCUGGGAUGCGGAGAAGGUGGCGCUCCAGGCCAGACUCUCCGAGCAGACGCUGCUGGUGGAGAAGCUCACAGAGCAAAACUCGAAGAAGGAGAGAAGCAUCUCUUCCCUCAAAAUGGACGUUCAGAACCUGGUGCGUGGGGCUGGAAGGCGGUGACCCUGCGGUGGGGGCUGCACCCUAAAGGUGGCCCAGGCAGACGUGGGGUGCCCAGAGCUGGCAUGGAGCAGCAGCACUGAAGGCGGGGAGGCGCGGGACCGACUGAGGAGACCCCCACGCACUGCGUCCCCCCACCGGAGCAUGUCCCCGCCAUGGGCUCGCUCCCCAGCUGCCCUGGACCCCGCACUGCUGGCCGUGCAGGCAGCCAUUCAGAGGCGGCAGCAGCAGGAGCAGGUGGGUAGCCGCGCCCACGGGGUGCAUCCUUUCUGGGGAAGUCUGUGGUCAAAGGCCUGUCCAGGCCAGAGAGAGCUCACCUUACACCCCCACACCCAGGAGCUGCGCCUGCAACUGGAGUCCUCCCAGGCGGUGGCGGCCGGGCUCCGGGAACAGCUGUUGGAGAGCCAGCGGGAGCUGCGGGCCUCACGGAGGCUCCUGCAGGAGCGGGCACAGGAGCAGGCGCGGGAGUGCGAGGACCUCCUGGGCAAGCUGGAGGCGCAGAGCCGAGAGGCGCAGCACUGCAGGGCGACCAGCGAGCUCUUGGGAAGGGAGAAGAAGGCUCUGGAGUCAGUAGUGGAGGAGCUGCGAGGGAAGGCGGACGCUUCAGGCAUGGAGAAGCAGAGGCUGGAGGCCAUGAACGCUGAGCUGCAGAGAAGCCUCCUGCUGUGGGCAGAGCAGAAGGAAGAGCUGGUCCAGCAGGGCCAGCGGGGCCGGAGGGAGCUGGAGACAAGUCAAGGGCGGCUGGAGCAGCUGGAGGAGAAGGUCUCGGGGCUCAAGAAGGAGCUGGUGUCGGCCCGGGAGGCGCUGAACGCAGCACAGCUGCAGAGGGACCUUUUGGAAAGCGAGAGGGAGGGUCUGCGUGCCGCCCUGGCCCGGGCCGAGUCCAGCAACACUGACCUGGAACUGCUUGUGUCCCGGCUGAAGUCAGAGGGGGUGGAGCAAAGGGACUCUCUGGCCAAGAUGGCCACCCUGAUGGAGGGGCUGGCUCAGGACAAAGGCGCCCUGAACCACCUGGUCCUGCAGCUGGAGCAGGAGCGGGACCAGCUGCGGGAGCAGCAGAAGGCUCUGGAGCGAGAGCGGGCAGGUUCCCAGGAGCAGCUGGCACAGGCGGAGCAGCAGCUGGAGCUCGUACAGGCUGAGCGGCGGGGCCUGCAGCAGGACUGCGGGCGCCUGGAGGAGCAGCUGGAGCAGCUGGAGGGGCAGGCGGCCCAGCUCCAGCGCGAGAGGGCCCAGCUGCAGGAGGAGGUGGGCCAGGUCACAUGCAAGAAACAGGCCCUGGAGGAGCAGCUGGCCCAGAGCCUGCAGGACCGGGAGGCCCAGAGGGAUACUCUCCAGAGGGCCCUGCAAGAGAAGGAGGCUUUGUCUGAGGAGCGGACUCAGCUGCUGGCCCAGCAGGAGGCCCUGGAGAGGCAGGGCUGGCUCACGGCUGAGGAGGCAGCUGAUCUGAGGGCCCAGAGGGAUUCCCUGGAGAGCAGCCUCUUGGAGGCCGAGCAGCUGGCGAUGCAGCUGCAGGCGCAGCAGGAGCAGGUAGAACGAGAGGCCCAGAGCGCACGGCUGGCUCGGCAGGCCCUGCAAGUGGAAAUGGAGCAACUAAAAAGCACCUGGGAGGUCCUGGAGACAAAGCUGCAGUGGGACGUGGGGCAGCUCCAGCAGCAGGUGGCGCAGCAGGAGCGUGAUGUGCAGCUGGCCCUGGAGAGCCAGGCACUGGCCCACCGCGAGGACCUAGCGCGGCUCCAGAGGGAGAAGGAGAGCCUGAGUCUGUCUCUGACAGAGGAGAAGGAGGUGGCAGCACGCCGGUUGGAACAGCAGAAGGAGCUGGUGGCAAAAAGUGCAGCCAAGAGGGAGGCUCUGAAGGAGGAAAUUCAGAGCCUGAAGCAUGAGCGGGAUGAGAGCCUCCUCCAACUGGAGCAUGAAACGCAACAGGCCCUGUCUCUGAAAGAAGCAGAGAGGAGCCUGCUGCGGGAGGAGCUCUCCAGGGCCACGCAGGAGCUGGAGCAGGUCCGGCAGGAGGCCCAGAACCGGCAGGAGCAAGCCGAGGCCACCAUCAGUGCCACGAAUGCAGAGCUGAAGGCGCUGCAGGCCCAGUUUGAGGACGCCAUCUCAGCCCAUCAGACAGAGGCCACGGCCUUGAGCGAGAGUCUCCGGGAGAUGGCGGCAGAGCGAAGCAACGCAGGGAGAGAGGCCGAGAGGCUGCGGGCACAGCUGGAGGAGGCCCAGGAGGGGCUGGCCGCGCUGCGCCGGGAGCUGCAGGGCAGUGAGAAGAGCCAAGAGGGGCUGCGCAGGGAGGCCCUGGAGGCCCGUCGGGAGCUGGGCGACGAAACCCGCGAGAAAAACAUGCUGCAGCAUUCCAACACCAAGCUGCGGGCCGCCAUCCUCAGGGCCGAACAGGAGAAGGCCAGUUUUAAGCGUUCCAAGGAGGAGAAGGAGCAGAAGGUGCUGGUCCUGGAGGAGGCCCGAGCUGUGGCUCAGAAAGAGGCCAGCGAGCUGCGGGCCAGCCUGCAGGAGGUGGAGCAGGCACGGGAGGCUGCCCGCCGGGAGCUCCAGGAGCUCCACAGAAAGGGUGUCUGCUCCAAGCGCCACAGAGCGUCCUGGCCCCAAAGAGGAGGUGCCAAGUGUGUCUGUGGAGGGGCUCAGGGAGCCAGCUCCAAGGAUGUGGUCUUGUGGGGGCACAACACAGCCCCCCAGGACAUGUCAGGGGUCAGGAAGGGCCCACUGGCCACCCCGGCCCCUCCCAGCACAGAGGCCCAGGCAACUCCAUCAGUGCAGGCCCCACCCUCCCAGGUGAAGACACUGGAGGCCGAGAAUCAGAGGAGGAGCCAAGAGGUGAACUGGCUGCAGGCCCGGGUCACACAGGAUGCUCAGCGUCGGCAGCAGAGCCGGCAGGAGGCGUUGGAGCUGCAGAGGCAGGUGGCCGAGGUGGAGGCCACCGGGAAGGAGGUCCUGAGGCUGCAGCGAAAGUUGACGGAGGUGGAGGCAGGAGGUGAGGCCCGGGAAAGGCAGCUGGAGGAACGCCUGCGCGAGAGCCAGGGAACCGAGCAGACCCUCCGGGCUGAGCUGCGCAGCGUCUCCGGGAAGCUGCAGCAGGCCAGCAGCAUGGCUGACGGCCUCCAGGCUCGCCUGGACGGGGCCUGCCACCGGAUCCACAGCCUGGAGCAGGAGCUGGCCCAGGCUGAGGGCGCCAGGCGGGAUGUGGAGGGCCAGCUGGGCCGGCUGUGGGCCACACUCCACCACGGCCUGGGGUUCUGGGGACAGAGCCCCUCCGCCUCCCCCAAGCGGCCCGGCGCCCCCACCAAAGGCUCGCACAGCUCCCAGAGUCACUCCGGGCAGCAGAGUGCCAGUCCCCCCGCCAGGUCCCACUCACCCCUCCGAUGGCCCUCACCAGCACCCGGAGACCACGGCCCAGAGGUGGACGUGGCCUCUGUGAGGGACGCCCUGAGAGACUUCGCGCAGAAGCUGCAGGAUGCCCAGCGGGAGCAGGACCACUGGCGCUUCCAGGCGGCAAGGCUGAGCAGCCAGCUGAACAAGGCAGAGAGCGAGCGCGCCCGAGCCCAGAGCCGUGUGGGGCAGCUGCAGAAGGCGCUGGCCGAAGCGGAGGAAGGCUGGCGCCAGGCGGAGGGCGAGAUGGGCCGUGCCCGGGCAGCGUGGGCCCUGCAGGAGGAGGCGCUCCAGAGGCUGCAGACGGAGCAGCUGGCAAGCAUGCGGGAAGCAGGCCAGGAGAAGCGGCGCCUCCAGGAGCGACUGGACCAGCUGCACCAGGCCCUGGAUGAGAGCAGGAGGCACAGCCAGGGGCUGGCCCAGAGGGGGAGACUGCUGGAGGAGCAGGUCGCAGGCCUGGAGCGCCGGUGCCAGGAGGCAGAGGGCCCGCUGAAGCCCCUGCAGCAGGUGGCCAGCCUGAAGGAGCAGCUGGACGAGGAAAUGCAGUGGUGGCGACAAGCCCGCCUUGGCCAGGCCUUCUGGGCCAAGCAGUGAGCCCUG